AGCCCGGAUAAAUGCAGAGGGUUGCGUCAGGAAGGGCAUCCGGCUUAAAACCUUGCCAAACAAAUAUGAGCGUUCAUCCAAAGAAUUCCAUACCGGAUCGGUCGUGGCCCGGGUUAACAACGUCCGCCACCGGCGCCGUCAACCUGCAGGGCGCUGUUGGAAAUUCAGCUACUGUGGGUCGAAGUCGAAGUCAAAGAAGAAGAAGAAGAAGAGGUGGAAAGCGGGUUCUUCGGCAGAAAGAGAAGAGGAAAACACAGAGCCUAGAACUGAAUGUGGGGACUUUGAAUGUUGGGACUAUGACAGGAAAAUCUCGGGAGUUGGUUGACAUGAUGAUUAGGAGAAAGGUUGAUAUAUUGUGUGUCCAGGAGACCAGGUGGAAAGGCAGUAAGGCUAGAAGUUUAGGGGCAGGGUUUAAAUUAUUUUACCAUGGUGUAGAUGGGAAGAGAAAUGGAGUCGGGGUUAUUUUAAAAGAAGAGUUGGCUAAGAAUGUCUUGGAGGUGAAAAGAGUAUCAGAUCGAGUGAUGAGGCUGAAAUUUGAAAUUGAGGGUGCUAUGUGUAAUGUGAUUAGUGGCUAUGCCCCACAGGUAGGAUGUGACCUAGAGGUGAAAGAGAAAUUCUGGAAGGAGCUAGAUGAUGUAGUUCUGAGCAUCCCAGACAGAGAGAGAGUCGUAAUUGGUGCAGAUUGUAAUGGACAUGUUGGUGAAGGUAAUAAGGGUGAUGAAGAAGUGAUGGGUAAGUACGGUAUCCAGGAAAGGAACUUGGAGGGACAGAUGGUGGUAGACUUUGCAACAAGGAUGCAAAUGGCUGUAGUGAACACUUUUUUCCAGAAGAGGCACGAACAUAGGGUGACCUACAAGAGCGGAGGUAGAAGCACACAGGUGGAUUACAUCUUGUGCAGACGAUGUAAUCUGAAGGAGGUUACCAACUGUAAGGUAGUGGUAGGGGAGAGUGUGGCUAGACAGCAUAGGAUGGUGGUGUGUAAGAUGACUCUGGUGGUGGGGAGGAAAAUUAGGAAGACAAAGGCAGAGAAGAGAACCAUGUGGUGGAAGCUGAGACAGGACGAGUGUUGUGCAGCUUUUCGGGAAGAGGUGAUACAGGCUCUCGGUGGACGGGAAGAGCUUCCAGAAGACUGGACCACUGCAGGCAAGGUGAUCAGAGAAGCAGGCAGGAGAGUACUUGGUGUAUCUUCUGGCAGGAAAGGAGAGAAGGAGACUUGGUGGUGGAACCUCACAGUACAGGAAAUCAUACAAGGAAAACGGUUAGCUAAGAAGAAGUGGGACACUGAGAGGACCGAGGAGAGGCGAAAGGAAUACAUUGAGAUGCGACACAGGGCAAAGGUAGAGGUGGCAAAGGCAAAACAAGAGGCAUAUGAUGACAUGUAUGGCAGGUUGGACACUAAAGAAGGAGAAAAGGAUCUAUACAGGCUGGCCAGACAGAGGGAUAGAGAUGGGAAGGAUGUGCAGCAGGUUAGGAUGAUUAAGGAUAGAGAUGGAAAUAUGUUGACUGGUGCCAGCAGUGUGCUAGGUAGAUGGAAAGAAUACUUCGAGGAGUUGAUGAAUGAGGAAAAUGAUAGAGAAGGGAGAGUAGAAGAGGCAAGUGUGGUGGACCAGGAAGUGGCAAUGAUUAGUAAGGGGGAAGUUAGAAAGGCAUUAAAGAGAAUGAAAAAUGGAAAGGCAGUUGGUCCUGAUGACAUUCCUGUGGAGGUAUGGAAGCAUCUAGGAGAGGUGGCUGUGGAGUUUUUGACCAGCUUGUUCAAUAGAAUUCUAGUGCGUGAGAAGAUGCCUGAGGAAUGGAGGAAAAGUGUACUGGUGCCCAUUUUUAAGAACAAAGGUGAUGUGCAGAGCUGUGGCAACUAUAGAGGAAUAAAGUUGAUGAGCCACACAAUGAAGUUAUGGGAAAGAGUAGUGGAGGCUAGACUCAGGACAGAAGUGAGUAUUUGCGAGCAACAGUAUGGUUUCAUGCCUAGAAAGAGUACCACAGAUGCAUUAUUUGCCUUGAGGAUGUUGAUGGAAAAGUACAGAGAAGGUCAGAAGGAGCUACAUUGUGUCUUUGUAGAUCUAGAGAAAGCCUAUGACAGAGUACCCAGAGAGGAACUGUGGUACUGCAUGCGGAAGUCUGGAGUGGCAGAGAAGUAUGUUAGAAUAAUACAGGACAUGUACGAGGGCAGCAGAACAGCGGUGAGGUGUGCUGUCGGUGUGACAGAAGAAUUUAAGGUGGACGUGGGACUGCAUCAGGGAUCAGCCCUGAGCCCCUUCCUUUUUGCAGUGGUGAUAGGCUGACAGAUGAGGUGAGACUGGAAUCCCCGUGGACCAUGAUGUUUGCAGAUGACAUUGUGAUCUGCAGUGAAAGCAGGGAGCAGCUGGAGGAACAGUUAGAAAG